AUCCUGUCCACGUGUCCCGGAAAACAAGUUGAUUUGUUGUAUAUGAAAGAAGAAAAGAAGCCAUGGAGGCGGAGGACCUUUACAUCAAACCAGGUAAUCAGGAGCGGGGCUGGAAUGACCCUCCACAGUUUUCCUAUGGUUUGCAGACAGCAGCACAAGGUGGUCCCAAGAGGACCCCUCUCAACAAGAGAGUGCCCCCACCUCAACUCACAGGAUCCCCUUGUCCUGUCCCAGGAGAUUUUCCUUCCCGAACAGCUCCAAUGACUCCUCCUACCAACCCACUGGCCCCUCCAUGUAGUAUGAACACGCCCCCUCGUCCAUGUCCUGUCGCAGCCCCUCUUGUUGGGGUGAUGAUGAUGGCCACACCUCCACCACCUUUCCCUGUGGUAGAGCACACAGACUCUUCCAGUAGCCAAUCAGAGAGUGAGCCAGAUGUCGACGAUGUAGUCACUCUUCUCAACUGGGCACUGACAGCUUGUAGACACACAGUCAAAAAACAGGUGUGUAAUGAUGUGGCGAAGCGUCUGAAGCUCUUUGAGGACAUGUGGAAAUCUGGGAAGCUGUCACUUCCUGUUAGGAGAAGAAUGAAUGGACUGGUGCAAGAGUUGAAGAGUUGUAACUGGGACGCUGCUGAUGAGAUCCACCGGGCUCUGAUAGUGGACCAUGUUAACGAGGUCAGUCAGUGGAUGGUGGGGGUCAAACGUCUCAUCGCCGAAACACGCAACUUAAACCCGGACCUCCUGCACACACAGGAAGUAGACCAGAGUCUAGACACCAGCAAGCACAACUAACUCUGACUAGAUCAAUAAUGACACUUUUGGAACUUUUCUAUUAGGUUGUGGAACCGUGAGGACUCUCGGCCGUCCAUGUGAAAGCCAUUGAAAUUCAACUUUUAGGCUUACUCUGUCUUUUGCUUUUGUAUGUGGAGAUUCCACAUAUUUUGACAUGGUUUUCCUGUAAUUAUGCAAUGGGCUUAUACAUUUUUGGGGGGGACUUUUUUUUAAUGAAUUGCUUUUGAUUGCAGUGUAUCGCUAUUACCGAGCUCCACCAAUUCUGACAAUACAAAGAUACUUUUAUCCCUGUUUUAUGUCGAUUGUUUGCAUUUGAUACAGCCUUUUCCUAUGGUAUCUUGUUUGGUUAAAGUGCUUCUAUCAGAAGUGUCAGUACUAUGAAAUACUAUAACCUCCCUUGGACAGCCUUGUGAACGGUAUUUUACUGGAGCUAAGAUUGCUUUGAGUGUACACACGGUCCAAUGUAUUAUUCCUGGUUUAGCCUACAGUUUUCAAUGACUUAUCAUCCCCCCCAUGUACAUAAUCAUAAGAGCAAUAAGAAUGCUGUAAAGCCUGCGGUCUGCUUCUGUUGACGGUGGCAUUGCAUUACAUGUGUAUCGUACACGAUAAGACCAAAUAAAUCUGAUUUGUGGUGGAAGUA